UGGAGUUUUUGCUGUUUAGUACAACGUGCAAAACGAUUUUGAUCUUGCUCCAUCGAAAAGUCCGCUUGCUAUUUCUGUAUCCGAGCUCGACAGCUCAAAAAUCUUAUCACAAUUUUUGAAUUCAAAUCCUUAUCUUCUUAUUAUCAGGGUAGCGAUCCGCCCUCAUGAUGUGGUUGAGGGUGAUUUCCUUGAUGGCUUUAGCGGGCGUAUUAGCUGUGAAGAGACAGGAUUUCAAAACCUGCGACCAGUCCGCUUUUUGUAAGAGGCAUCGUGCCAUUUCGGAAAACACCGGAUAUGAAGUGGAUCCUCAAUCUGUAAAACACAGCGGUUCAACGUUGGAGGCAACAUUGCACAAUAGCGAGAAUAAGCUGUCGCUGCGGUUAUAUGGAUUAAACGAUUCAUCCGUUCGGAUACAGAUAGAUGAAACUGAGGCUGCAAUCCGAAAACGGUUCGUGCCUACAAUUGCGCUGAACGGCGAACCCAUCCAGAAACCGUUUUCGAAAGUGGAGAUAAAAUCAGAUUCGGUACAUGCCACAACCUUCGACAACAAACUGAAGGUUGUGAUCGUCUACAAGCCCUUUGUUGUUCACGUUUACAAUGACGCUAAUGAACUCGUAGCACAAGUGAAUAGAGAUGGGAAACUGAAGGUCGAGGAAUAUCGCAAUAAGGAAGAAGGCAAAGAUUAUCCAGAGGGAUUCUGGGAAGAAUCUUUCAAACACUUCACCGACAACAAACCAUUUGGUUCAAGUAGUGUUGGGGUGGACGUAUCAUUUGUUGGAUUCCGAAGUGCAUAUGGUUUGCCGGAGCAUGCUGACUCUUUUGCCCUCAAGACCACUGUGGGAAUCUCAGAUCCAUAUCGGCUGUACAAUCUCGAUGUUUUUGAGUACGAAGUUGACAAUCCAAUGUCUCUCUACGUCGCAAUUCCCUACAUAGUGGCCCAUAAGGAAAAUUCUACUAUUGGAGCAUUGUGGCUCAACUCUGCUGAAACAUGGAUUGAUACUAGCUCCUCAGCUUCAGUCAAAGGCUUCUUCCGAAGCGUCAUAGAUAAGGUCAUGUCUAGCGAGAAUGUUCCACAUUUUGACGCACAUUUUAUGUCCGAAACAGGUCUCAUUGACAUAUUUUUCUUUGGAGGCUCAUCACCAAGGGAUCUGCAACGGCAGCUAUCGAAAACCACCGGAGUCACUCCACUACCUCCACUGUUCUCCCUCGCCUACCAUCAGUGUCGCUGGAAUUACAAUGAUGAGCAGGACGUUCAGCAGUUGAACGAGAAUUUCGACGUAUACGACAUACCGAUGGAUGUGAUCUGGUUGGAUAUAGAGCAUACGGAUGGAAAGAAAUAUUUUACCUGGGAACCCCAUAAGUUUGCUCAUGCGGAAGAAAUGAUAGAUAAAGUGGCAGCCAGGGGUCGUAAAAUGGUGACAAUAAUUGAUCCUCAUAUUAAAAAGGAUGACGGCUACUACGUCUACAAAGAGGCGAAAGAUUCUGGAUAUUUUGUGAAGAAAUCUGAUGGUACGACAGACUUUGAAGGACACUGCUGGCCAGGAGCCAGCUGUUAUCUGGAUUUCCUGAAUCCCGAGGUGCGCAACUACUGGGCCAAGCAGUUUGCUUUUGAUAAGUAUGUUGGAUCUACUCCACAGCUGUUCACAUGGAAUGACAUGAAUGAACCUUCGGUUUUUAGUGGUCCAGAAGUGACAAUGGACAAGAAUUGUCUUCAUCAUGGCGGCGUUGAGCAUCGUGAGAUUCAUAACAUGUAUGGUUUCUUGCAACACUCUUCUACCUUCCAAGGACAAUUGGAGCGAACUGGAGGAAAAGAUCGCCCAUUUGUUCUUACUAGGUCUGGUUUUGUUGGAUCUCAGCGCACAACAGCAAUAUGGACAGGGGAUAAUGCAGCCGAAUGGGCACACCUCGCCAAGGCAGCUCCCAUGCUCCUUUCGCUCUCUGUUUCUGGUGUCCCAUUUGUGGGUGCGGAUGUCGGCGGUUUCUUUGGAAAUCCUGACGAGCAGCUAUUGACUCGUUGGUAUGAAGCUGCUGCGUUCCAGCCUUUCUUCAGGGCUCAUGCUCAUAUUGACACAAAGAGACGUGAACCAUGGUUAUUCUCAAAACCUACGAUGGAGGCAAUACGACAAGCUAUAAGGAGACGUUAUGCAUUGCUUCCUUAUUGGUACGCUCUUUUCCGAGAACAUGCGCUAACUGGGAUACCGCCGAUGCGACCCAUUUGGUUUGAAUUUCCCAAAGAACAGAAAUUCUUCGAUUAUGAAAAGGCAUGGAUGGUUGGUAAUGCCUUGCUGGUUCAUCCUGUUGUUGAGAAGGACACAUAUAGUGUGAACGUUGAUCUACCUGUUGGCGAAGAUUCGGAUACCCGAUGGUACGAGUGGGAAAAUGGGGUUGAACGGCAAUCUGGUUCCUUAUACGUCGAUGUUCCCAUUACACAUAUAGCUGUAUUUCAACAAGGUGGAACAAUUGUCCCGACAUGGCAACGAGUUAGACGUGCAUCAAGUUUGAUGAUUCAAGAUCCUUUGACCCUAUUUGUUGCAUUGGACCGUAACGGAUACGCCAAGGGUAGCUAUUACCUUGAUGACGGUGGCACGCAUGCGUACAAGGAUAACGUCUUUCUGUACGCUGAAAUCGAAUACAAGACUGAGUCAGCAAAUGAAGCUGUUAUCAAUGGUGGACCUACUCCUGAUAGUGGAAAAUACGAAACUGAAGCCUGGAUUGAACGUAUUGUUGUACGAGGCUUAGAGCGUACUCCUUCUAGCGUUUCUAUAAUACGAAGUUCUGACCCAACUGCCAAAUUAGAGUUCUCAUACGAUCGUGAUCGACGAACACUCGUGAUAAGGAAGCCCCUUGUCAGCGUUACACAAUCGUACAAAAUCAACCUGAAGUUCUGAUGGUUAUCAAGGGGAUACAGGGCUGUGUAUAGCUCGGCCUAAUUCCUUCGUAUCGUAUUUAUAGCCACCGACACGUUGUUGUUUGUUGAUGAUGUUAUUCAGUGACAAGGUUUCUGCUGUUAUUCUUCGAAUGCAGCCCUGUGUUUCCUUAUUGUCCCGCACUCGCUUUUAUAAAUAGCUAGGCAUUAUUUUUUUUGCCCAGCACUGUAACUCGAGAUUUUUCUUAGCUUUAUCGAAUUUCUAGUGUCUUAGUGUCUCCUUUGCGAUACCCUUGUUCGAUUUUAAGAACUUUCUAAUUUAUUCGACCAUUCUUGUCGCGUUGUAUUUGGUCACGUCAAACUUUCAUACGUUGUUUUGUGUCGGUUGGGUCAAGCUACAACUGUUACGGUUUUUUUUUCGUGAUAAAUUUUUGUGAUUAUCACAAAAAGAUUGAUCUAUGCUUGACACCACAC